AGUUGACACAGUUGUCUCCUUGCCGCAUUCUACACAUUAAUCCUAACCUCUGAACUUUGAACUGACCAUCCCCUCCCAAAACACUGCCACCCUCAGUGGCAUGCUGAGUACUGUAUCUCCAAUGGGGCAGAGGUAGAUUCCAGGAGAUGUGCCAGGGGCAAAUUGCCCACAUGGGAUUCUACCCCUCCUGCUUGCAAAACUUUGCCGGCUGACGCAGGAAGAAGGGGGUUCUUUGAAUAAUAGGUCAGGGACUGAGUGCUUAGCCUUGAGGUUGCACUGAAGACACAACAAGGGGUGGGGACCCCAGAAGGCAGGGGCGGGGCAAAGCAGGUGAUAACCUCCGCUAUAGAACAGAGCCCAGCACUUCAGGGACCUUGGCACACUCGCUCCAAUGGACCGCAAAGUGGUGCUCAUCACCGGCUGUUCCUCCGGCGUCGGCCUCCACCUUGCCCUGCGCCUGGCAUCGGACCCAUCCCGGAGUUUCAAAGUAUAUGCCACGCUGAGGGACCUGAGCACGCAGGGGCCGCUGUGGGAGGCUGCCCGUGCCCUAGGAUGCCCUCCUGACUCCCUGGAGACGCUGCAGUUGGACGUGAAGGAUGCCGAGUCCAUAGCUGCUGCUCGGGCACGGGUGACCGAGGGCCGUGUGGACGUGCUGGUGUGUAACGCUGGCCGGGGUUUGAUGGGGCCACUGGAGAUGUACCCGGAGAGCGCUGUGGCCUCCGUGAUGGACGUGAACUUGAUGGGGACCGUGAGGAUGCUACAGGCCUUCCUGCCUGACAUGAAGCGGCGCCACUCGGGCCACAUUUUGGUGACUGGGAGCUCAGGCGGAUUGAUGGGGCUGCCUUUUGGCCCAGUUUACUGCGCCAGCAAGUUCGCCCUGGAAGGCCUGUGUGAGAGUCUGGCAAUUCAGCUGCUGCCUUUCGGAGUCCACAUGAGCCUCAUCGAGUGCGGCCCGGUGCGCACCGCCUUCCUGGACAAGCAGGAGGGCGACCCCCGCGGGUCGCUGGACGCUGUGGAUCCCGAGACGCGCAAACUCUUCACCACCUAUCAGCGCCACUGCGAGCGGACCAUGCGCGAGAGGGCGCAGGACCCCAAGGAGGUGGCCGAGGUGUUUGUCACCGCGCUGCGCGCCCAGCGGCCAGCGCUGCGCUAUUUCACCUCCGAGGGCUUCCUGCCUCUGUUGCGGCUGCGCCUCUCCGACCCCAGCGGCCUCAGCUACAUCCAUGCCAUGCAUCGAAAACUGUCUGCUGAUCCUCUGGCCGAUGACCCCAAGGGCGCCCCGGCUGAGACCGGGGACGGAGCGGGGGCCGGGGCGGGGGCGGGGGCGGGGGCCGGGGCCGAGGGACCAUGA